GGCACAAAGCUCCCGUGUCUUCUUUCCAAGGCUGGCAGCUCCGCUGAGCCCUGCAGGUUCCACUCAAGCUGCAGGGUGCCACAGCAAGGGCACAAACCAUGAGCCUUCUUCCCUUUAAGGAAUGCUAAACUGGAAUGUCCAGGAAGGCCCGUGCUUCAGACAGCGAUCAGUCAGCUGCCUUUCGUGUUUGGCACUCACUUGCCUGCCUUCUAAACUGUACAAAUUUAUAUAACAACUGAAAGUAAAACAGAAUGGAGGGGGUGGAGCAUUUGCUGCUGUCACUUGUGCAAACCUUAUCCUAACUUCUGUGUCAUGUCGACUUGCAGCUCAGCGCUCCGAGACUUGUCCCAAAAUGUAUUUCCCUGAUGCAGAUGCUGUGCUUCUCUUCUGAGUGAUGCUCCAGCAGGCAGAGUGCUGGGGAUGGCACGGCCAACACAGAACUCUGCUGGAGCACUGGGCAGGCUGCAGAGUCAGAAAACCUGCCUGGGCAGUGUUUGUCUGCAGUACCCGCUGUAUCUGAACAGCCAUUGCUUCUGCCUUGUGAAGAAUGGGAUGGGACUAAUCCUCUUCUUCCUAUGUGCUUAUGUACCAAAGACAGAAGCAGGUCAUUGCAAGUGGGAAGCAGUUCUGAAAGAUUUGGAAAGGAUCAAGACAUCCAAAGAUAUUGAUGUCAGUUUAUACACUGCAGACGUAGAUGAGGAUGACGAAUGCCAAGAACUUGUAAUAAGGUGCUUUUUCUUAGAGACACAAGUGAUAGUUGAAGAAUGUCAUAUCAAAAACUGUAGCAAAACACAGGAUGUGUGGAAUAUAUGGAAAAAUGGAAAUCAAAGCCUUGAAAAAAAAAAGUCGACUUCCACAAAAUCAGAAAAAUGCAAAGAAUGUGAAGAAUAUGAAGAAAAAAAUUUUACAGAAUUUGUACACAAUUUUGUAAAGGUUAUACAGAGGGACUGCAAAAACUGACCAAAACACACAACCUGGGAAACAAGAUUCUUAAAUGAACACCUGCAGAGAAAUUAGAUUAUUACCAAAAAUAAACCAGAAAAAGAAAGUAAUUUACAAUCCACUUGGUUAUCUCUUAAUGUAUCUCUUUCUAUUGUUGUUUUCAGGUAAACUUAAUUACUUCUUCUACCCAAGAAUUCAAAGUCAAAUAAUUAAAAUAUUUAUGUAAAGACU